AUGGUGUUGACACAGCGCGACAUGGGGCGGAGCGUGCCGACGAUCUUGACCAUUGCCAGGAAGAAGCUCUGUGAUGGGAUCCAUCCACGGGCGAAAUCAGGCCAGAAUCCGCGAGUAUUGAACAGAAGAAAUCUGAAGGAAACAAAGAUGAAAGGGAAGGGAGGGGGCUUACAGUAUUGUCCAGGAUGGAGGCAGGCGGAGAUGGUGUUGACACAGCGCGACAUGGGGCGGAGCGUGCCGACGAUCUUGGCCAUUGCCAGGAAGAAGCUCUGUGAUGGGAUCCAUCCACGGGCGAAAUCAGGCCAGAAUCCGCGAGUAUUGAACAGAAGAAAUCUGAAGGAAACAAAGAUGAAAGGGAAGGGAGGGGGCUUACAGUAUUGUCCAGGAUGGAGGCCAUCCGGAUGUGCUCCUCCAGCAGCAAGCUCACGGAUUGCACCGUGUUAUGCCCUGAGGUCGUCGAGGCCGUGCUUCGGAUCAGGAGAGGUAGGGCGAGGAAGAGGCCUGAGGUCCGGUGAGGAAGAGGCCGUGGGGGGCGAUACGGGGAGCAGGCAUAGAUGGAGAAGAAAAAGGGGACACGAACCUCCGUCUCGUCCGCGCGGUAGCAGGUGCGGCGGCGUAGGGGCCCUCCCGCUCGCCGUGCCAUCCGGCACGCCAUCAAGCGUGGCUCCCUCACCGGCGGCAGCGACGCUUCCAUGGUACCCUACGCUGCCAAAGUCCGGCUCGGGCGGCUUCGACGGCGUCGUGUCCACCUUCGAGGCCGUCCUGCCGACGUUGCUUAACCACUUCUACCUUCCCACCGGCCGCAUCGUCAUCAACCCAAGCUCUGGCGUCCCCGAGCUCCACUGCCACAACCAGGGCGCGGAGCUCGUGGUGGGACAGGUCGGCGUCGCCUUGGGCAGCCUAGAUUACGGCCUCGCGGAGGAGUCCUUGAAGAAGAUGAUGCUGCCAUACCCGGACGACGUGACGCUCUCGGUGCAGCUCCUGUCCUUCACGUGCGGCGGCUUCUCCGUCGUGUGGGGCUCCAACAACCUCGUGCAAGACGGCAAUGGCGUCACCAUGUGCGUCAGGAUGUGGUCGGAGCUGGCGCGGACCGACAGCAUCACCGAGGGAGCCGUGAAGCACGACCGCUCGGUGUUCCGCCCCCGCGACACGCCGGCCUACGGCGCCGAGCUCGGCGACCUGUUCACCACGUACGAUGACCACCGGAUGGUGAACGCCCUGACGGCCCACGCCAGCUUCGUGAAGCACCUCUACUACGUGGAGGCGAACGACAUCGCCAAACUGCGGGAGAUGGCCAGCACCGAGCUCCAGCGUUCCUCGCGCGUCCAGGCGGUGUCCGCGUACCUGUGGAAGGCCCUCGCCGCCGUCGUGGCCGCGUGCCGCGUGCCCGAGGAGCGCUGCUGCAUGGGCUGGAUGGUCGACGCCACUGGGUAUAACCAGUACCAUAGCCUAUCAAAUUCAUCUCUUCUUGUGUCCUCACCACAACCAGCAAUGCCAAUGUCAGUUCCACACUGCUAUCACAAGUUUUUACAGAUGUAUUGA